AUGAAGAACAAAUACCCAGAUAAAAUCAUAAAUAAAAAUGCUUUUAUGAGUGCAUGGCAAAAGACAUGUGAAACAGCAGGGACAAACACCCUAGUUAUUCCACGAACAGGAACAUUCUUAUUGAAGAAGAGCACAAUCCUGAAGGGUCCUUGCAUGGCCACAAGUAUUCUUAUUGAGCUUCAAGGUAAAAUAAUUGCACCGCCACAGAAUGCAUGGCAAGGUGGUUCUUCGAUGAUUUUGGUCACAAACAUAAAUGGUCUCACAAUCAAUGGAAAUGGAGGAUUAAUCGAUGGCGACGGAUCUACUUGGUGGCCAUGCGGCAAAAAUUGUACACGACCAUCGGUGAUUAGUUUCAAUGCAUGCAAUGGUCUUACUGUUAAUUACUUGAGCAUCACAAACAGUCCAAAAGCUCACAUAACCAUAAAUGGUUGUGUGGGUGCAACAUUCUCACAUAUUAACAUUCAAGCUCCUGGUGAUAGUCCUAACACUGAUGGAAUUGACAUUUCUUCUUCCAAAAAUAUCUUGAUCAAAGAUUCCAAUAUUGCAUCGGGUGAUGAUUGUAUUGCAAUCAUUGGUGACUCCUCUUACAUCAAUGCCACUGGAAUUGCUUGUGGACCAGGCCAUGGAAUAAGCAUUGGAAGCCUGGGUAAAAACAAUGGUCAUGACAACGUGGAACAAGUUCAUGUAUACAAUUGCAGCUUCACAAACACUAAGAAUGGAGCAAGAAUCAAGACAUUUCAGGGUGGACCAGUAGGAGUCCAAGUGAGUGAGGUUACAUUUCGAGAGUUCCAAGGAACAUCUACAGAUGACAGAGCAAUUACCUUCGCUUGUGGUCCACAAGGUUGUCUCAACAUUGUGUUGGAUCACGUCAGCAUCACAUCUUCUUCAGGAAAACCAGCUUCUUGUUCUUGCACUAAUGCCCAUGGAACAGGACAUAAUUAUAAUGUGUUAGACUUUGGUGCUAAGGGUGAUGGCAAAACGGAUGAUUCACAAGCAUUUAUACAAGCAUGGCAAAGCACUUGUGGAGCACAAGGAGUGGCAACUUUGCUUAUUCCUCAAAAUUAUGUCUUCUUGUUGACACCCAUAUUGCUAAAAGGUCCUUGCUAUGCAUCUACUCAAAUUCAGAUUCGGGGAAAAGUAGUUGCAGCUGAGAUGAAUGCAUGGCCAACUUAUAAGUCUGCUUGGAUUAUGAUCUCAAAUGUAAAUGGUCUCACAGUGGAUGGAAGUGGAGGAUUGAUCGAUGGCUACGGUUCUUCCUGGUGGUCAUGUGGAGACUGUCAACGACCAUCGGCUAUUACUUUUAAUUCAUGCAAUGAUCUUAGUGUUAGUUACCUGAGCAUAGUUAACAGUCCAAAAGCUCACAUGCAUAUACACAGUUGUGUGGGUGCCACAUUCUCUAGUAUCAGUAUUCAAUCUCCUGCUGAUACUCACAACACUGAUGGAAUGGAUGUUUAUGCUUCAAAAAAUAUCUGGAUCAGAGAUUCAACUAUAGCAUGUGGUGAUGAUUGUAUUGCUAUCAGUGGUGGCUCCUCUUAUGUCAAUGUUUCUGGGAUUGCUUGUGGACCAGGCCAUGGAAUUAGCAUUGGCAGCCUGGGAAGAGGCAAUGGUAAUACAGUGGAAGAAGUUCAUGUCCAAAAUUGCAAUUUCACAAACACAAAAAAUGGAGCAAGAAUCAAGACAUUUUCUGAUGGAUCAGGUUAUGCAAGAGGAAUAACUUUUGAGGAAAUUACACUGAACCAAGUUCGCAAUCCAAUAAUUAUUGACCAAUUCUACCAUAACAGUAACUCAAGGAAUGGAGGAGUGGAAGUGAGCGGAAUCACAUAUCGUGGAUUUCAAGGAACAUGUGUGAAUGGUGCAGCAAUCACCUUGGAUUGUGGGCCACAAGGUUGUACGAACAUUAUGUUGGAUGGAAACGCCAUUGUCUCUACUGAACCAGGAAAACCAGCUACUUGUUCUUGCAACAAUGCCCAUGGAACAGCUUCAUCCACUGUUCCAGAUUGUUCUUGCUUAUUGCCAUGA